AUGACUGUGUCCACAGGGUAUAUCGAUGCCUAUUGCAAUACUCUACAGCACCUCAGCUCUGGCCAAGCCCAGGGGAGUCCUAGGGUAAAAUUCAUGGCUCAAAAAGUCACGCCUUUGAGCUGGCUGCUGUAUGUUGAUGUUCUCUCCUCAACAAUAUCGGUACUAGGGGCGAGUACAGUGCAAUCCUUGGAGGCAUUGUGGCGAGUCACCGAAUUCGAUUGUUCCGCCUCCAGAAUUUUUCCCACCAGCGAUCAAUAG